AUGCCGAAGAAAGGCAAAGGCAAAGCGGGCAAAACAGGUAAAAAGAAAGCUGCACGUUCAUCGAGUGGCUCGCCUAAGCGAAAAUCGAAAUCGAAGAAGAAAGCCGCUGAACCACGACCCGAAAUCGAUAUUUUAUCACCAGCUGCUGUUAUCAAUGCUUACUAUAUCUGCCAUGAUGUGACCGAUUGUUUAACAGCACGAGGUUUUGCAUGGGAAGGUGCAAAAAAGAAGAAGAAAAAGAAGAAGAAGAAAUAA